UUGAGGGCCUUGGGGCGUACUCCUGAAGCCGCUGCCUCUCUUUCUACGCUGCUGCGUGCUGUGCUGUUGACUCUGCUCGACUGGCUGAUCUUGGUACCUGCUGACUGGUGUAGUUCCUGCCAAAAGGUUCGGAAGGGUGCCGUCUACUGGGUUUGCAAGGGGGAAGGGACGGUGCGGUGACAGCAGCGGCCGGGGACUUGCUCUAAAACCCAGACAAGAGCGAGCUAAGCUCAGAGAGGAGGGAGAGCGAGAGAGAACCGGAAACAGGAGGCAAACAUGGGUGCCUGUCUCGCCUGUGCGGCGUGCCAGACAUGCGUCAGUGUCGCCAGCAUCUGCUGCAGUUGCUUGGGAUGCUGCACGAACAGCGGGGGCGGCGAUGGCGCCAACGCUCCUCUGGUGGGCCGCGUGAGGGCGCUCACCAUCAUGCUCAUCUCCGUGGUUCUUGCGGUGGCGGGGCAAUACUGGUGGUACCAGUUAUUCGACGGCUUCGACUGGUGGAACGACGGUUGUGACGACGAGGCCUACUCGGAAGAGUUCACGGACGUGUGCAUCGGAAACACCGCCGUCUACCGGGUCAGCUUCGUGGAUGCGGUGUUCUUCGCGUUGAUGGCCCUGUGCGCGUGCUGCUCUCCGGUGUUCAACCACGGCUUCUGGGGUUUCAAGUUCAUGCUGUGGGCGGUGCUGAUGAUCGCGACGCUGUUCAUCACGAACGACGUUUUCGACACGAGCGGUUACGUGUGGGUGGCGAGGAUAGGCGCCUUCAUCUUCACGAUAAUGCAGCAGAUUGUCCUCAUCGACCUGGCCUACAGGAUCAACGAUGGUCUGGUGGAGAAGGCGAGCGAGCACGGCGACGACAGCGAGGAGGCCAAGCCAUACCUUUGCGCCCUGCUGACGGCCAGCGGGGUGCUCUACACCGGCUCGCUCUGUGCCAUCGGCGCCAUGUUCCACUACUUCCAGGGGUGCGCCGAGAACGAGCUCGUGAUGUCGCUGACCCUGAUUCUCGCGGUGGCGAUUACCGCUCUCCAGCUGCUGGGGGGCGAGGGAAACCUGCUCGCCUCGGCGGUGGUGACCUCUUACGCCACGUUCCUCUGCUUCUCGGCCGUUUCGAAAACGCCAACCUCUUCCUGCAACCCCUUCGUCGGGGAGAGCAACACCACGGUCGUGCUCAUCGGCAUCGCGCUCACUGUGCUGUCGCUCUUCUGGGUAACGCUGAAUGCUGCCAGAACCGUGACCGCCUUGCUAGGUGGCCAGGCAAACGAGGUCGAAGAGGCCCCGGGCCCGGUUCAAGCGCCAGGCGGAGACGGAGGUGGGCCGCUCGAGUCUGGCGGCGGUGACAAGACCAGGCCGUUCGUGCAAGGAGCCGUUACCGCCCAAGACCAGGACGUGGGCGCUGGGGCUUCGCCGAGACCUGCCACCCCGGCGUCUGCCGGAACUCCUUCCGCCGCCCAGAGCGACGGUGGAUUGGGCUGGAGGUUCAACGUUGUGAUGGUGCUGAUCUCCAUGUUCUUCGGAAUGAUGCUGACGAACUGGGGGGACAUCAACGAGGACGGCGAGUCGAGCGACCCCAAAAACGGAUGGACGGCGAUGUGGCUCACCACCACGGGCCAAUGGGUCUGCUACAUCAUCUACGCGUGGACUCUGGUCGCACCUCUCGUGUUCCCCGACCGGGACUUCUCGUAAAACAAAUUCGAAAAAGAAAUUCCCAGUGAGAAAACUUGCCGGGAUAUGUGGACUCUCGUAGGCUAAAUACAUGGGAUUUCCGGGCGGGGGUUGGCGUGGCGGGUUCGGGCUGUUGAGCGAGGACGGCGGCUCUGCUGAGCCACAGUUUCCAGGAAAAGCUUGUGUCGUUGAGGUUGUUCAGGGUGGCUGGUUGAUCAUGGUUCGGGACAGUUGAAGACAAGCGCUGGACAAUCCAUGUUUUCUUACAAGUUCUUGUACGUUUGAUGUAGACAUGAACUGGCCGAAACUCCGGCGCACCGUGUUUGGAUUGGGUUUGAGUUGGGAGAGGGUAGGCCUCGUUGUAUACCCUCACCAUGCAGAUGACUCUUGUACAUAAGUGGUUAGUUUGGACGCUGUUAGCCGCACAGAGCUCCUCAACGAGAGAAGCGAAGGUGGGGGGCAAGGCGGUUGUGCCUUGGCAUAAAAUGAGUGGACAGCGUUUUCUUUUUUUUCAAUUGUGCGGGGUGGGGGGGGGAAGCGUAGAUUGUAUCCUGAUACUCGAGAGUGUUUUUCUCGCGAGUCUAUGGUUUUCGCGUACUCGGGGGUUUCCUC